AGUAAUGCUGAACUAAGUAUAAUUCCACAAUCAACAAUUUACAACUGCAGCAGUGGUCAUUUCUCUAUGCCACUUUUAACUGAUUCUGAAGAUAAUGAAGAAGUGAAUGCUAGAAGAGAAGAGAGAGAAAGAAUUGCAUUAGAUUGCAUUGCAAAGUGCCAGCGAUCCUCAGCUUGCAAGAUGACCAGCCAAAUUACUAGUUGGGACACGAGGUUUGAGUCAGGUACAAAAGCAGCACUGCUGUUGCCAUUUUCUCCGAUCGUUAUUGCAGCUGAUGAAAAUGAGCAAAUAAGAGUGUGGAACUAUGAUGAUGUGCUACCGGUAAACUCUUUUGAAAACCAUAAGUUGUCCAAUAGAGGGCUAUCUAAGCUUUUGCUUAUCAAUGAACUCGACGAGAGCUUGGUUUUAGCUGCCUCAAGUGAUGGAAAUGUCCGUAUAUGGAAAAACUUUAAUCAAAGGGGAGGACAAAAACUUGUAACUGCUUUCUCAUCAGUUAAGGGUCAUCGAGCUGCUGGUCGCAAUAUUGUGAUCGAUUGGCAGAAACAAUCUGGUUACCUGUAUGCAUCUGGUGACAUGUCUUCCAUCUUGGUGUGGGAUCUUGAAAAGGAACAACUUCUCAGCACCAUUGAGUCCCCUGCUGACAGCGCGAUUUCUGCACUGUCUGCAUCUCAGGUUCGAUCUGGACAUUUCGCGGCUGGUUUCGCUGCUGGUUCUGUUAGGAUAUUUGAUGUCCACACACCUGAUAGGCUUGUCUAUAUGGCGAGGCCGCAUGCCCCAAGAACAGAAAAGGUUGUUGGCAUAGGGUUUCAGCCUGGGUUUGAUCCAUACAAGAUUGUAAGUGCGUCUCAAGCUGGGGACAUUCAAUUUCUUGAUGUUAGAAGGGCAGCAGAACCUCAGGAUGUAAAACCAUACCUGACUAUCGAGGCACACAGGGGUUCACUUACAGCGUUAGCUAUUCAUCGGCAUGCCCCUGUUGUCGCGAGUGGUUCAGCCAGGCAGAUGAUUAAAGUGUUCAGUCUUGAAGGAGAACAGUUGACUAAAAUUCGCUACCAGCCGUCGUUUAUGGGCCAAACAAUUGGCAGCGUGAAUUGCCUCUCUUUCCACCCAUAUAAAUCACUCUUCGCCACUGGUACUGGUGAUAAUUCUCUUGUCUCUAUCUACGCUGAGGAAAAUUAG